CAAGAGACUGAAGCUUUUUUCUCCAGGCCGCAAAGUACGUACUAUACUGCAGUAUUUGUUACUAGCCAUUAGUUAGGGAACGAAUGAGAUUCAAAAUCCAUGUUCUCGUCAUGGUGGUGAUGGUGGCCACGGUUGUAUGCCUUCCCUCACUCACGUUUGCUGCCCAGGGAACUGCCACCUUCUAUACACCUCCCUAUGUUCCUUCGUCAUGCUACGGAUUCCAGGACAAUGGGGUGAUGAUAGCGGCAGCAAGCGAUGUCAUUUGGGGCAACAGAGCAGCUUGUGGAAGAAAGUACAGAGUGAAAUGCACUGGAGCCACUAACCAAGGUAUAUCACAACCUUGCAAGGGUAACAGCGUUGUCGUCAAGAUAGUCGAUUACUGCCCUCCGGGAUGCCAUGGAACUAUAGAUCUCUCCAAAGAAGCCUUUACUGUCAUUGCUAAUCCUGAUGCUGGUAAAAUCAAGAUCGAGUAUACUCAGGUCUAGUAUCUUGGAGUAAUGAUGUCAUCAGUCAGGGGCCAGCAGUAAUAAUAAAACACAGUACACUUUGGAAAUGUCAUGUUUCCCAGGUGAUGACUGACGUUAAUUACCAAUGAAUAAUCAUUUCUAGAUGGUUAAAUAUAAAGAGAGGUCUUACUCCGUUUCAAAGUGUACGAGAACAACUAUAUAAUAGUAAUCUACAAUAUUUUCUACCC